CAAGCAAAAGUGUAAGAACACAGGCAUCAACACCAAAAAUUGUGAAAGGGAUAAAAGUGAAAUCUGGAGAGAGAAAGUAGAGCAAAAGAUAGAGACCGGACAGAGAGAGAGAGAGAGAGAGAGAGAGAGAAAGAUAGAGACAGAGAAAGAGCAGAAGUGUCCACUUUCAUUGCCUUUUUUUAUGAUACAACAAUACAAGCAUCCAUGACAGAACAGGGCCUCAGGGUACAUCGCUACUGCAGCCUUUAAGCAGAAGAAGUAAAAAUCUCUGGUCGAAAGAGAGAGAGAGAGGUGAAAAGUGAAGACAAUGGAGGGGAAAUAUUGAAAUGGAGCUCAAAAGAACAAGAAAAGAAUGGUGGCAGAAAAGGGUUUUCUUGUUGGGCUAAUGGGUUUUCUGAGGAGAUCCAUGGCUUUUAUUUUUCAUUGAGAAAAUUGUUCAAAAAUUUCAUCUCUCGAAUCUUUGCAAAGGAGCAGAAAACCCCUUUUUGAAGGAUAAGAUGAAUGGAAUGCAUUAUAACAAAAAAUUUCCAGCCAAACGUGUUGUUGAAGUUGCCGGCGGUGGCUUUUCUUCUCCAUCGGCGAAGUUCAAGAAAAAUGGAAGCUUUACAAACUAUGAACCCAUAUCUGUGCUGGAUACUAGGAGUCCAAGUCCCUCCACUUCCACGUCCACUUUUUCCUCCUUUAACACUACCACCCAACAAGGAUCUGUGGCCAUAGCAGCCGCCGCAGACGACGGAGGCGAUGGUGGAAGAAAAGAGGAUGUCAUGGCUGACCUGCAGCCUGGACACAAUACUACUGGGUUGGAGUUGACUAAUGGGGUUUCUGAAAAUUUUCAUCUUGGAGUUGAAGAUUGGGAGAGCUUGUUGUCUGAAUCUGAAGGCCAAGACUCUCUUCUCCGGUGGAUUUCGACGGGCGACGUCGACGAAUCUUCGUUGAGCUUGAAGCAGCUUUUACUGGCAGGAAACUCGAAUGAGACCCAAGGAAAUGUGGGUUGUUUUGGAGCCAUUGAUUCAGCCAUUUCACCGGUUGGUAAUGUUUUUUCAGGCUUGAAUACUUCUGCUUUUGGCCUUUCUGGUUGUGGAUUUUCUUUGAAUGUUAACAACAAUGGAAAAAUUGGUCAGUUUUCGAAUUCCAUUAAUGACAACAAUAGUAAAAAAUUGUUAUCUUUGCCUAAUGGGAUGAGCUUUCAUAAUCAACAAUAUGGGAAUUUGGAGCAGAAGGCUCAGAUUUUUAGCCCACGUGUGGGUUUACAACAACUCCAGGUUCAAAAUGCAUUAAAUCUGAACCCCUUGAACUUGAAUUCUUUAUCAAAUGGUAGUGCACGGGAGAAACCGCUACACUACAUCCAGCCGCCACUGAAUUUUCAUAACCCCAGUGCUGUGGAAUUUGAUUUAGGCUUUCAGAAUGCGACUGUUCCAUUUCUUGAUCCAUUGGGUUUUGGCCAACAGCCUAAUUUUGUUCCUCUGCAUCAGCUUCAGCAGAAGCCAAUGUUGGUGCCGAAGCAGGAGGUAGCUAGCGGCAGUGGGGAGCAAAUGGUGGCGCCCCACUGUCAGCAGCUGCACCAACAGAAUGUAAAUGAUCAACUCUACAAGGCAGCUGAGUUGAUUCUGGCUGGAAAUUUCUCCAACGCGCAAGGGAUAUUGGCGCGGCUCAAUCAAGUGCUUUCUCCCAUUGGGAAGCCUUUUCAAAGGACUGCUUUUUAUUUAAAGGAGGCUUUGCACUUAGCCCUCUUAAUGCCCAACAUGGGUUCCCCUCUACCGAGGAUUCCCACACCAUUUGAUGUUAUGUUCAAGAUGGGUGCUUAUAAGAUUUUCUCCGAGGUUUCACCCCUUGUCCAGUUCAUGAAUUUCACGGCCAACCAGGUUAUUCUUGAAGCCCUUGAUAAUGCUGAAGAGAUUCAUAUUAUUGAUUUUGAUAUUGGUUUUGGUGCUCAAUGGUCAUCUUUUAUGCAAGAGCUUCCAAGGAGUGGUCAGGGUGCUCCCUCGUUGAAAAUUACUGCCUUUGCUUCUCCUUCGACCCAUCAUGCAGUUGAACUUAGCCUCAUGCAUGAAAAUUUAACUCAGUUUGCUAAUGAUCUUCACGUUAAUUUCAACCUUGAGGUGAUGAAUAUUGAUUCUUUUGAUCCCAAUUCUAAUUCUUUAUCCUCUUUCCGAUCAUCGAAAAAUGAGACCAUUGUUGUGAAUUUCCCUAUCUGGUCCAUGGAAAGUCAUCUGUCUGUUCUUCCGUCACUUCUUUGCUUUAUAAAAAAACUGUCACCAAAAAUAAUGGUUUCACUUGAUCGUGGAUGUGAUCGAACUGAUCUCCCAUUCUCGGGUCACAUACUUAACUCUCUUCAGUAUUAUGAGGCUCUACUCAACUCUAUUGAAGCUACUAAUAUGGCUUCAGAUUCCAUCAACAAAGUUGAGAAGUUCUUGUUCCAGCCUCGGAUUGAAACCACUGUUUUGGGGCGUCUACGAGCCCCCAACCUGAUGCCACCAUGGAGUAACCUUUUUGCUUCUGCUGGUUUCUUUCAUACAUCAAUCAGCAACUUUGCAGAAACACAAGCUGAAUGUGUAGUCAAGAGAAGCCAAGUCAAAGGAUUUCAUGUGGAGAAGCAGCGAUCAUCACUCGUGCUAUGCUGGCAGCAUCACGCGCUUAUGUCAGUGACUGCUUGGAGAUGCUGAAAACACCGAGUCGAUCGAGUAAAAAGGUUUGAUAUUGUGUUAGGUGUCCUUCCACUGUUUGAUGCCAUCGAGUUAAUAAAGUUUGAAAUUCGAUGGAAUCCCCUCUGAUGUUCAGUUAAUUUCUGUAAAAUUUCAUGCUUGGAUUCUAUGCAGUCUAGUCUUGUGGAAAACUUGUUUUCUGAUAAAACAGAGUUGUGCCUCUAAUGGUAGUAGUAUUUUUAUUAACUUGCUUAUGCUUAUUCAUUUACAUUUAGUGUAGUUCUGUUAUUGUAACGGAGUCACUGAUUGUAAAGGAUGUGCUGCAUGUGAUUCAAGAAGAUUUUCUUGGCAGCUGUUUAAGAGAAUUGUGAUUAAUGAAGAAAUAGGGGAGAUAAAAAUCCUGCAAUUAGAGCCUU